UCAUCGGAGCUUCGUUGGGCUUGGGUGCACUGCUGGGUGUUGCUCUUUGGCGCGAACGAUUUUACACGCGCGCGUGCUCUCGCCGUGUUUUCCACGAGUGUGUUUUUACUUCGGACUGUUUAGUGUAACUACUUCGCGUGGUGCUCUCGGACAUCGAACAAAAACAAAGCAAAGUGAGGCAAAAAAACUUUUAAAGCGAGUGACUUGCCAGCAGCCAACAGCAUCUGGACAGACGGCGCGGGAUUCCUGUUUUCUGUUCGGCGCAGUCGGCCUUUAUUAAUAUAUUGUGCACAUGGUGGCAAAGCCGCAGCGCCGCGCGCAAUCGACGUUCGAAUAGCCGUUGGUGGCGAGUUGUGAUUUCGUUACUGCAGAGUCGCCAAUCGCGGUCCUCCGUAUUAAUGAUUGUGGAUUAAGAAACGUGUUGUUGUGUCUGGAAGCAUACGCGACAGAAAAGUGUACAAUAUUAGAGUCGAAGCGUGAAACGUUGUUUCAGUGUUACAUCAACUUGCCUGUAUGAAUGAGGUUCCCAUGCAUGCUGACGGUGAAGAACUGGAACUUCUCCAAGUGACGAUGAACAAUGCAAGACUCUGAUGUUGGCUCCGACGACGGAUGCCUCCAUGGAGCCUACCCGAAGAAAUCAGUGAAUCAGUGAGAUAUUACUCAAUGAGAAGUAAUUCCAAGCAUGAAUUGAUCAGUGAGUGUAUUGCGUGAGUGAUAAGUGCGUGAGAACGGAGAAGAACGUGAACGAGAACGAAGAAAUCUGCAAAAAUGCGGAUUAAACAUCAUCCAGGGCGUGCGAUCGAGGCCAGCCUGUCGCUGGAACAGAACAGCGCCAUGGGGGCUCUGUACGAGGCCAACUGGGACAAAGUGCAGUCCAGUAUGAACUCGUUGAUCGCAAGCCACCAUGAAUUGGGUCGGGGCGACGACGGGAAAUCGACGCCUUUUCGGGAGCUAGAAGAAGACGAAGGGCUUCCCGACGAGGACGAAGAAGAUCCACAUGCCCUCAAACAAAGUAGUACGGUUCUGAAGGCAUUCAACGGCUAUAAACCGUCUACUAUUCGUCGCAUCCGGGGACGUCAAUUUCCGGAAUGGGAUGAGCUCAAGGAAUCCAACUAUUCGGAGGAGAAUUUAGACACGAUACGACCUCUUAGCUCCUUCAAACCCUUUGCGAAUACACACAAGUCUGGUAAUGGGCAUCGCCAGUGGGAACAGCAUCGGAACUCACCACCAAAAGAGUACCGAAUGUACAUGAAUCUCGCCUCGUCCGAAAGUUUCCGCAAUCCAAUUACCGGCGGAAAACCUGCUGCUCUGAAGCGAUCCAACACGGUAGCCAUCCAAUCUGGCAACUCAGCAGAUGUCUACAGACCACGAACACUGGACCGUCGGGACGUCUUUCAGCGCUUGAAAGAAAAAGUCCGCCAACAGAAGCCGAUCGACGAAUUCUCCGAUCAUCAACGAAACUACGGAUUUCCUACCACUAGUGACAAUUUAGAACGAAGCAAUACUAGAUAUAGAUCAAGCUGUGAUAGUAAAAACUCUAAGUCUCUCGAAUCAAUCUCAACUUUUCCGGAUUACCGUCGGGGAAGUGACGACAGUGAAAGCAAUCUCUCAAUCGGUGAUCGCAUGACCUGUUACCGUUCCUCAAGUGAUCUCUGUUCACGAAUCUACCGCGACGAAGGCGAUCAGUCAUUCCGGAACAUUCCAAAGGCGACCGCUACGUUAUCACGCAACAAAAGCGUCAAAGGUCGUCCAAUCUUGGACGAUAUUCCACCAGAUCUACUAACUCGGCCAAGCUCAAACAAUUCAUCAAAAUCCAAAAAAGUCGGUUUCGGAAAGAUGCUCUACAACACCAUUUCCGCCGGUACAAAAUUCCCACGGGCAUUGCUCAAAAACCAUUUCAAUCGAGACUCCGCCGAUUCAUCCGAGUACGACGGCUUCAGCUUCCGGGAAAUGGAGCCUUCGGCGGCAUCGAUGUCCCCGUCACCGCAUCACUCGCCACCCCAUUUGUCGCCUUCCUCAUCCAAAUCUACCUCUUCACCGGCUUCCUCGACAUCGUCGUCGUUCAAGAAACUAUUCCGCAGCCGAUCGCGAACCCUUCGUCGGCAGCAGGUCAGUUCGUCCAGCUCGGAUUCGGCCGACUCCUUCCUGGUUCCAACGCCGGAAGAACGUCCACUUCCUCCGCCGCUACCGGCACCGAGAAUCCCAAUGUCUUCUUCGGCGGCCGCCGCCUCAAUGAUGCAUUCUUCCCAGCAGAGCAUCGUGCCCGUCCAUACGUAUGCCCGGAAACGGCGCACCGGGAAUUUGAACGCCGAACCCAUCUAUGGCAACCUGGAGGAGGUGUACGGCAACGAUGAAGAGGGUCGCGUCGAGGUGUCCCGCGAAGGCAAAUACCUGUCGACACUAUCGGGCGCCAAGGUGCUCGGCGAGUUGGCCAUCCUCUACCACUGCCAGCGAACUGCGACCAUCACCGCGGCCACCGACUGCAAGCUCUGGGCCGUCGAGCGACAAUGCUUCCAAACCAUCAUGAUGCGCACCGGUCUGAUCCGGCAGGCCGAGUACUCCGAUUUCCUCAAGAGCGUCCCGAUUUUCAAAAACCUCCCGGAGGACACGCUCGGCAAGAUUUCCGAUGUGCUGGAAGAGUGCUACUACCAGAAGGGCGACUACAUCAUCCGCCAGGGGGCCCGUGGCGACACCUUCUUCAUCAUCUCCAAGGGUCAGGUGCGCGUGACGAUCCGACAGCCGGACACCCAGGAGGAAAAGUUCAUCCGCACCCUCGGCAAGGGCGACUUCUUCGGCGAGAAGGCACUGCAAGGGGAUGACUUGCGAACGGCCAACAUCAUUUGCGAUUCGCCCGAAGGCGUUACCUGCUUGGUCAUCGAUCGCGACACCUUCAACCAGCUGAUAUCCAACUUGGAUGAAAUCAAGAACCGCUAUAACGAUGACGCCGUCAGUGAAAAGAAGAAGAUCUACGAGGAGUUCCGAGAUGUACGACUAACGGAUCUGCGCGUGAUCGCCACACUUGGCGUGGGAGGUUUCGGCCGCGUUGAGCUGGUUCAGCUGGCCCAAGACAAGGCACGAUCGUUCGCCUUGAAGCAGAUGAAGAAGUCUCAGAUCGUCGAGACUCGUCAACAGCAGCACAUCAUGUCUGAAAAGGAGAUCAUGAGCGAGGCAAACUCGGACUUCAUCGUGAAGUUGUUCAAGACCUUCAAGGAUCGCAAGUAUCUGUACAUGCUGAUGGAGAGCUGCCUGGGCGGUGAACUCUGGACCAUUCUGCGCGAUCGUGGACACUUCGACGAUGGAACGACACGCUUCUACACUGCUUGCGUCGUGGAGGCAUUCGAUUAUCUGCACUCGCGUAACAUCAUCUAUCGGGAUUUGAAACCGGAAAACCUUCUGUUGGACGUAUCCGGAUACGUAAAGUUGGUAGACUUUGGAUUUGCUAAGAAACUUCAAUCAGGACGUAAAACCUGGACAUUCUGCGGAACACCGGAAUACGUAGCACCGGAAGUGAUCCUCAAUCGGGGCCAUGACAUCAGUGCGGACUAUUGGUCACUUGGCGUGUUAAUGUUUGAACUUUUAACUGGCACUCCUCCCUUCACCGGAGCCGAUCCGAUGCGCACUUAUAACAUUAUCCUAAAGGGAAUCGACGCAAUUGAGUUCCCCCGUAACAUCACCCGCAAUGCCAGUGUCCUCAUCAAGAAACUGUGCCGAGAUAAUCCAACGGAGCGACUGGGAUAUCAACGGGGUGGAAUUAGUGAAAUACAGAAGCAUAAAUGGUUCGAUGGGUUCUAUUGGGAGGGUCUACGGAAUCGCAGCCUUCCGCCGCCGAUCCUACCGAAGGUUCAGAGCGUAGUUGAUACCGCCAACUUUGACGACUACCCGGCCGAUCCCGACGGUCCACCACCAGAUGAUCUUUCCGGAUGGGAUGAAGAUUUCUAGAAAAAUCGUGCCUUUUCCUCGACCUUUCAUUCUCUAUGUUUCUUCGUUAGGACAGAUCAAAUUCGGCUUGCCCUCUUUCAUCAACCAAACCCCAACCCAAGACCGAGACAAGCCUUAUUAUGUGACUAUAUUAUAGAUUUUAGCACAUUCGUUCGUAUGCUAGUAUGUGGAAAAUUGUCGUGUUGAUUCGAAUAUUACCAUCAAGCCCAAGAACUGUAGAUGUACGGCAACCUGAACCCCCAACGGUAGGAAUGAUUCUUCGAGCCAUAAAUUCAAAUUAUGUACGUGCAAAAAUUGAAGUGAAAUAUUCUUCUCACAAGUAGCACAGUUGAUUGACAACGAAACGAUUGAAGGUUGCGUGAGAGAUAGAUUAUUGGAAUGUGUCUUCCUAAUCGUAAUUUAACCUGUAAACCAUUUUUAUAAGAACUAUUUAUCCUCCUGAAAAGAAAAAGAGAACAUUUAUCCGUGCUAUAUUUUAAUGUGUUAAACUUCCAAUUUUCAAUGAAUAAAAAAAGCCUUCCGCGCAAAUAUCUAACAUCCGAGAGUAACUUGCAGCAACGGUAAAAAAGCCGUUUGACUACAUACAAUGUCGUCUUCUCUUGCCUAAUGUAAAUCAUUGAUUUCUUCUUGUUUUUUUUUUCCUGUUAUAAAAUAAUUUGAUUUCUGUUUUUGUAUAAAUUGUACAUAAAAAAACACCAUUUUUUAUUAGAGUCAAACUGGAACGAAUCAAAGAAAACAAGUGGAUGGCCGAACACAAUUUAUUAACUUUUAUUGUUUUUUUUUUUAAUUCUGGUUAAAAAUCAGAGACAUCAAGAUGGUAACAAAUAAAACACACCAACGCUUACA